UUGGAACAUAAGGCAUUCGAAAUUCGUCGAAGGGUUUCGGUCUUCGCUCUACCUUCUGGAUAUGCUGGUUUCUCAAGAAAAUAUGAAGCACUAAGUAUCCGGACCUCGGGAGAAUGGCAUGGAAACCAUUAUGCGAAACCCGACUUGCGGUGCCAGGGGGGUAUAAAGACCAAUAGUUGCGAAAGAUUCACUAGGGUAUCUGUCACACUCCACGGUUGCUGUGUUCUUCCCAUCGACCAUCAUGACAUCUAUCAUUUCCCAGAACUUGACCCUCAAAUGCGGCUUGCAGCUGGAAAACCGUCUGGUAAAGGCCGCAAUGGCCGAACACAUGGCUGAUGGCAAUAGUCUACCCACCGAGCUCCAUGACCGUGCUUAUGCCGAAUGGGGCCGCGGUGGUUGGGGCAUGCUCCUGACCGGGAAUGUUCAGGUCGACAGGAUGUACCUCGGGGGUGCAGGAGACAAUACGGUCAAUCCGGCCAUCGAGGAUGAGCUCAUUCGCAGGUGGAAAUCGUGGGCGGCCGCAUCCACAAGCCAUGGCACACCAACAGUCAUGCAGAUCAGUCACCCUGGAAGACAAUCUCCUUUGGGUGCUGGGGCACGGUGCAUGUUUGCCAAAAAUGUGUCACCAAGUGCCAUACCACUGGAUCUGGGGUCGGGGUUGAUGGCAAAGCUUACAAGUGCCGUGGUUUUUGGUACCCCGAGGGAGAUGACCCAGAAUGAUAUCGACCAUGUGAUCCAGCAGUUUGUGUACACGGCUCGUCUGGCCCAUCGAGCAGGAUUCCAGGGGGUCCAAUUACACGCGGCGCACGGCUACCUGCUAGCCCAGUUCCUGUCAGCAAAGACGAACCGUCGGACCGAUUCGUAUGGAGGCUUGUCAGCUGGGCGUGUGAAGAUUGUCCUCGAAAUUAUCCAUGCCAUUCGCGCAGCAGUUCCAGCAACAUUCGGCGUUGGAAUUAAACUAAACUCGGUCGAUCAUCAAUCUAAAAGCGAACUGAACUCCUGCAUCGAGCAGCUCAAGCUCAUUGUCGAGGCCGGGGUGGACUUUGUAGAAAUCAGCGGUGGGACAUACGAAGAUCCUAGAAUGAUGGGCGCUACACCGCAGCCGGUGCCAGAGAAGUCCGCUCGAACUGUGGCUCGGGAGGCAUUCUUCCUCGAAUUUGCGAGAGCCAUCCGUGCGGAAUUCCCAGGAAUUCCCUUGAUGGUGACCGGCGGCUUCCGUACGCGGCAAGGCAUGGAAAAAGCCCUGGCAGAUGGAGAUUGUGACAUGAUUGGCAUUGGACGUCCGGCGGUUCUUCACCCAACUCUGCCAAAUGACAUCCUUCUAAAUGCAGAUGUUCCGGAAGAGCGCGCGCGACUAAUCACCCAGCCAAUAUCACCUUCUCGGCUAAUCAAGAUGACCGGCAUCAAGUCGGCCGGGUCUGGUGCGGAGAGUCGUUGGUACAGCAAUGAGAUACAGAAAAUGGCCCGAAGUGCUGCCAGAUCUGCAACUUGA